CUGAAGCAGAUCCCCCAGAGAAAGACUUCUGCUUAGUGAUUCUUUGUGCCAAAAGCAGGAGACACCAUGAACCACUUCAACAUGUGGAAGGAUUGCCUUGGCCUGAAUACUCUUGUUAGACAGAUGGCACAGGAGAGGGCUGCAAGAGAUCCUGAGAUGCCAAGCACUGGCACAGAGAAAGAGGUGCCAAUCCAUGAAAGACAACAAGAAGUGCCAAGGAGUGGCAGAGAGCAUGAUAUGCCAUGGAGAGUCAGAGAGAAAGAGGUGCCAUGGAGAGUCAGAGAGAAAGAGAUGCCAUGGAGCAGCACAGAGAAAGAGGUGCCAUGGAGCAGCACAGAGAAAGAGGUGCCAUGGAGCGGCACAGAGAAAGAGGUGCCAAGGAGAGGCACUGAGAAAGAGGUGCCAUGGUGUGGCAGAGAGAAAGAGAUGCCAUUGGGUGGCACAGAGAAAGAGGUGCCAAGGAGAGGCACCGAGAAAGAGGUGCCAUGGAGCAGCACAGAGAAUGAGGUGCAAAGGAGCGGCACAGAGAAAGAGGUGCCAUGGAGAGGCACAGAGAAAGAGGUACCAUGUAGUGGCACAGAGAAAGAGAUGCCAUGGAGAGGCACAGAGAAAGAGGUGCCAAGAAGUAGUGGAGUCUGCCCAGGGGCCAGUACAAGGCUGUUUGUAAAGAGAAAACCAAACAUCGAAGCACGUGCCCAGGAGCAAGUUACAGUAUCCCUGGAGCCAGAGAAGCCUGGGUGCAGUUUCUGCAAACAUAAUGGAGAGUCCAUGCGCAUGUACAGCAAACACAACCUGAAGGAUAAUCAAGGCCGGGUGGUGUGUCCCAUCCUGCGCAAUUAUGUCUGCUCUCAGUGUGGUGCCACCGGGGAUAACGCUCACACCCGUCGAUUCUGCCCACUCACCCAAAUGGACUACUGUUCUGUGUACCAGGACUCUCUGCACAAUGUGACUGGUAAGAAGAACAACCGAAAGGACUGAUACACUCCAUGGGGAACGAUGUAGCCUGUAUGACAUGAGCACUGAGAGAGACAUUUAUUUAUAUGAAAAACAUGGUUCCUGUUACUUCUGGUUAUUGUUGUUUGAGCUGCACUGAGUUACCUUUGCACUAUUCCUGUUAUUUGAUUUUUAUUGAGUAAAAGAGUUGAG